AUGGCUUCUCCAAGGAUCAGAACCAUUGAGCCCAGAAACCUCAGUGAGACAAGGUGGCAGGAGGAACAUAGACAUCCUUCGCCGAAGGGGAGAUCGUCAGAGGCUCGAACCCGGGCAUUUUCGUUCGGAAUCCCGAUUUUCAGAAGGUCUUCCGAGCCAAGUGACAGAGAGACAUCGCACGAGCGCCGCGGCCGUCAGAGAUCACCUCGUCCCAUUGUUAUCGACCUCCUAGAGGUCGAGGAGAGGAGACCACGCAACGAGCGGCCAGCUUCGGCCCGAAUCCGAUGCAUUUCACCACGGAUAGGAAGUUCUCCGACCUCGAUCAACAGGGAGAGAGCAAAUGACGCUACUGAUGUACCUCGCCAGGCUCGGUCACGACAACCGUCACGUGAGCAACGACCUCCUCGACCACGAACGCCUGUUACUGAACGUGAGCCGGAGCAGCGGAGGCCACGCCGAAGUCUUAACUGUGUAGUGGACAUUCACCAUGACGCGGCUGCAUCCCAAGACAGAGAGCGCAGGAAUUCAGAACGUCGACAAGUUCAUUUCUCCAGCGAUGUGGAAUAUGAAAAGCAUGUAAACAGCACCAGGGCUCGCAACCGUUCCGCUGGAUCCCAUCAAGGAGAAUCUAUAGACGCAAGAGCGCCAACUCAUCGAGCCUAUCCAGACAGCAACGGUUUUGCAAGAGACGCCGAGAACACGAGCAAUAGGGCGAGCCAUUCGCGAGACAGCAGUCCACAUCCACGAGCUCAUUCUCCUUAUCCUGGAAGGAUGAGGCAGCGGCAUCUGGAGACCAACCGCCACCGUCCGCGAAUCAUCCAAGACGGUAACCGUAUCAUCUCAGAAGCAGGCGAGCGCAUUUUAGCAGAGGGCCGGGAACGCCACGAACGCGGGAAUCCAAUGAGUGAUGUCGAGUUGCGCACUCAUCGAAGAGCAUCUAACGGUAGACUUGGUCGUUUGCGAUUCUUCCAUUCGGCCGAGAAAAGCAAAGAUGAGCGGCGUCAUAACGAGCGCUGGUUCUGA